UGUUAUGUACUACUCCAAGCUAUCUCAUCUUCAAUAUUCCUCACCAACCCUUUUGCUCUCACCUUCUCAAACUGUGAAUACAUCAAUCAAAAUCUUGUCUUCCACACAACUACUCAAGUUGUUCAACCAUGUUUAGAUCCAUAAGCACUCGUAGAGGCCCUGGUAGGUAUGAGAGGUUGGGUAAAGAAUCUGCCACCACAGCACUUUUGCGUGAGGGGUUCAAGAGGAGCACAAGUUUGCCUUCAUGGUCCAAUUCUUCAAGAAAAAUGGCCCUAGGUUCCACUUUUGGUGAUAUCAAUCUUCAGAGAAACCCCACAAAGAAGACUAAUAAUAGUGAAAAGAAGAGUCACCCACUCCUAAGUUUCUUGGCUCUUCGUAGGAAAAAGAAAACAACAGCUAGGCCUGAAUUUGCUAGGUAUCUUGAGUAUCUCAAGGAAGGAGGCAUGUGGGAUUUAAAGUCCAAUAAACCCGUCAUGCAUUACAUAUGAUACCUAUCUUGCUUUUGGUUAAUUUGAAUGCAAAAUUAAUGUUAUUAUUUCGUGCAAGAAUUUAUAUGGUAUUUGACUCUCAUGUCAAAUUACUUUGAGAAGAUGUAGAGGAUAGUUACUUUUUGUAUUAAUUAAUCAUUCAUUUGAAUCAAUUGCAAACAUAUACAUAUAUAUACAAAGUUCAUCAGCCGGCCUGUUCUCUAUA